ACUGUACACACGGGCAGCCGGCCAUAGUUUUAGCCUUGUGCGUUUCUUUUUUCACACUCAAUAUUCAGCAGUCCAGGUAACGUUACAGUUUUCUGCAGGAACAUUAUAUCUGUUGGCUAUUUGCCAAGCUGGGGAUCGUUUAGUAGAAAACUAAAUACAUUUAGCGUUAUUGAUUUAAAUCGAGCGGAUAAGACAUAUGGCGUUAACUAACAGUAAUAACGCGGAUGAGUGUGCUUUCCAUUACAAUACAUCAAAACGUAGAAUAGCGUUAUUUGCCCGUUUCUAUGGAUCUACGUUAACUUGAGGCGAGCUGUUAUCAGACAAACUUCCCGGUUACCGACGCGUCUGACGCGGUGUCCUGAACGUUAGCUCCGUUUCACCGGCUGUGAACGGGCCGUAAAACGCGCCACCUGUCGUGUCCACUCAGACACGUGGCGCUCGGCCCUUUACUUUCCUGCUGGGGCCGUUUCUCAUUCCGUUAACGCUGCCAAAGUGACGGCGCCCACUGCGUCGUCUCCCGGCUGCUUUUAUGACCCAGGCCUGAAUUCAUCACACGGGUCUGUUGAGGAAAAGGAGGACGUGCAUACAUCUGCAGCUUAAGUCGGUAUCUCUGAGACACGUGACCUUCACGGUCUUUACCUCCAUGACAUGUGCAUACUAAUAGUUUGGUAAUUGUCACUGCCUAUAGUUUGAAGUGGCUGGCGAGUUGCCACUUUUCAUUUGUUUCAUCGAUCUGCUCAUUGGACUUUUUAUUGCAAUGUGUUAUGUUGCAGCCAUGCCUCUUCCAGACACAAUGUUCUGUGCCCAGCAAAUCAACAUCCCCACCCAGCUGCCAGACAUCCUGAAGAACUUCUCCAAGGCAGCCAUCCGUACACAGCCCACGGAUCUGCUGCUGUGGUCUGCAGCAUACUUCAGAGCGCUGUUUAAAGGAGAGUGUCUGCCUGUCAAGGAUAGGCUGGAGACGAAUGCCACACAUAAGACCGACACUGGGCUGACUCCUGGUCUCCUCAAGACUCUCCACAAACAGCUGUCCGCCAGUGAACCAUGCAGCAAGGAGGAAGUGCAGAUGAAAUGGAAGGGUCUGUGUCUCCCCAUGGAUCAGCUGGAGGCCCUGCUGUCGCUGGGCAGUUUUGGCUCAGCCAUCGACUGGAUGGAGUUCUUUGCCCUGGGCUGCAGUGCUCUGGGAGGGACCCUCCUGAGUUCCCUUAAGUUUGCGUGUGAAAUCCUGACAGAGGACGAGGAGGGCGGUGCUGCGAGGAUCCCGUUCAGCACCUUUGUCAAACUCUACACCUACCUGUCUCACCUGGAAGGGGACACGACGCAGUAUUGCAUCGAUAACUUCCUAAGCAGCCUGCAGGCACAAGUGGAUCUCCAACAUGGGAUGAUUAAACCUCUGGACUUCAUCCAUUGGGAGGAUAUGGACUCAACUCCUUCUAAUCUUAUAAAAUGUGCCAUAGAAACAUCAAGAACCGAUUAAGAACAAUGAAAGACAGAAAUGACCAAGCAUUAUGUUUAACAAAGAAAGAUGAACCGAAUCCUAAAAGAUCUUUGUGGUGAGUGCAGCCUGUGUAAGUCGGUGUGGCUAAAAAAGAGAUUCAGCUGGAGGUCCUGCCACGACGCCGCCUCUGAUGUCACUGAUGUGCUAACAGAGCCUGGACGCCACGCCACUGACAUCACCACACUGUCAUCAAGGGCUGUUUUAGAGCGUAGACAUGGGGUUUACAACUCACUAUUAUCUCCUAGCUGGGGUGGGAUGAGCCAGCAGAAACCUCCAGGACUGCUAUUACAGGAACUGGUAAACACCCUCAAACAUUAUUCCCCUUCAGCCCAAUUAUGUUCUUCAUGGAACCGUGAUCUCACAAUACCCACUGUGACACACAUUGGCAGAUGUAAAAUAAAUUAGUGAGAUCUGGACUGCUUUUGAAAAGUCACUUUGUAUUUCAAGAGAGAAGUUGCAAGAGUUUCACUCUGUGUGUGUAUGUGUGUGAUAGGGGUCUCAUUUGCUUCACAGUGGAUUUGUUUCUGUUGUGUUCUUUAGUGUUUAUAAUACUGGUUUCCAUAAAGGGUCUAACAGCAUUUGUGGAAUAUGCUAACAAUACAUGAAGUUGAUUUGUCCAGGCUGUGUUUGGGAGUUGUUCUUACACACAUGAACACACAUCACAAAAAUGAUCGAAUUAAGGGUCAUGCCUGAUUAAAAUGAGUAAAUUACC